AUGGUGCGACGAGCAGCAAAGCCAAAGCCCGAAAUGAGCUACUCCAAUUACAUCGCUUCCGAAACAAGACUCGCUAGGCUUGAAGCUGACGACAUGCCAAAUUAUGCGGCCAUGAGUUAUUCGGAACUUCGCGAGGAGAUGAAGUCGCGCGGGAUGUUCCAAGGUGGAAAAAAGCAGCGGAUGAUCGACGUGCUUGACCGUCAGUUUCGAGACAUGCACAUGGAACACACGAGAAGGCCGGUUCGUCAGGCCAAGCGUCGUCUUCGUGAGCACCCAGAGAUGAUGCUUGCCAGCGAAUUCAAGAGGGAUCCUUCCAGAAUCUCUUUCACGGACUUGCCUGGUGAGAUCCGAAACAUGAUCUAUGAUCUCGCCCUCUUCGAACCUCCUUCGGGCGAUUUCGCACAAGCUGGAAACUGGGAGAUGACUGCCAGCAGUGGUCGCUUAUAUCUCUCUCGCUACCGGACAUAUCAUCUGGAAUUAGAUCUUGGAGAACUCCGCUAUGACCGCACCAUCUCAGCGUUGCAUGUUGUCGGAGCCUUGGACAAGCAGAUCCGGAAAGAGAGAAUUAUCACCCACAGGGCUACUGCUCCGUCGUUCGCCGGUUCCUCGAAAGAAUCGGCCCUCUAG